UUUGAGUCAACUGACUGCCUCAGAAAAAGCUCACAGCACCUUGCAACCAACACAAUUGUAACAUUCACAGGUAACACCAAGCCACUGUUCGCGUGCCAACGCAUCCAAAGUCCAAAUAUCUUGCCCCAAGCGACAACCACCAACAUGUCGCUCACACAGACCUCCACCGCGCCCUCCGCCAGCUCCUCAUCCUGCUCCACCGCCGACUUCACACGCUUCCCCAGCGCCGACAUAGCCUGCGCCGUCGGCAGCAUCAGCGGGCUCCCCUCAAACACCACCGAUGUCAUGUCCAAAUGCUGCAAAUCCGCACCUGUGGAGGCUUUCAACGGUGACUGCGGCCACUACUGCCUCUCCGUACAACAGAGCGUGGCGGAUCUUCAGAAGUGCUUCAUGGAGGGCGGUGUAGGACCGAGCAAUAUCUUCUGCAAUGGACAGCAGACGCAGACGGCAACAGGCACGCCGAGCAGGACGGGCGGGAGUGCGAGUAAGACUGACGGGGCGAAUGCGAGUACAGGAGCGGCACCAGGGUUGGUGGUGCAGGGUGUAAGUAAGAUGGGCAUGGGCGCUCUGGGCAUGCUGGUUGUGUCGUUCUUUGCGGGGGCGAUGCUGUAGGCUUCGCUAGGGCAGUAAUUGUGGCAUUGCGGGACUAGGAUGUUCUUGGACACGGAAAUUAUCAUGCUUUCCUGAUGACAAUACCAAUUGUGCGUCUUUUCAACAUCCAA